CUCCUCUCAUUUAUAGCCUCUUGUCAAUCAGGAAUGUUGCCCGUGAUCUAUCGCUGAGCUUGGUGCAGUAUGAGCGGAGUUGAAAUUGCUGGCUUUGUGCUGGCAGCAAUCCCAUUGAUGAUCUCGGGGUUGGAGCACUACCGAGAGAGUGCUGAAGUACUUGAAAGCUGGUGGAAGAUCAAGCGCGAAUACCAGAAAUGCAUGCGGAAUCUGAAGUACCACAAGGUUGCCUUUGAAGAAAACCUCGAGGAAUUGCUGCUCCCCUUGAUCGUGGAUGAGGACAAGCUACAACAACUUCUCAAUAAUCCAGGCGGGUCCGAAUGGCAGGACCCCAAGCUGGAGGAGCUGCUCCAGCAGCGAAUGCCAAAGACCUACUUGUCUUAUUUGGACACAAUGGAGUCAAUGUUUGAGACGAUUCAUAGUCUGGAAGAGGCUCUUGGGACUGACAAGACGCAUUUCCAAAGUCACGUCAGCAUUACGGGGGCAUACCGAGUAGAAAAGCUCUCAAUUAUGGCACACGUGACAUCGAACAUCGGGUAUCAUUCGCAGAGGAUACGACUAGCUUUCAACAAAGACGUCAGGAAACAACUCUUUGAUGACUUUGGAGACCAGAACUCCCGGCUUCGCGAUAUCCUCGGUUCUUCAGACCGAUUAGCUGGCCUGAGACGUGCUCGAGUCUCAACCGCAUUGAGCUCGGCCUUGUGGAAAUUCUGGAACCAUGGAAACGCUGUUUUCAAUCUUCUCACUGAAGCGUGGUCUUGCAAAUGUCAGCCAUUCCACCAUGCAAACCUUCUGCUUCAACACCGGGUUGUGCCGACGGUCAAUUUUCGAGUAGUGUUUUGGUUCAAAACGCAUUUGAAAGGAACCCCAUCAUCAGCCCAAUUGCCGUGGGCGUGGCAAGACACAAGCAUAAGGCUCCUUGAAGAAACCUCCAUACCAAAAGUCCUAAAGAUUCCUGUCCCAGAAAACGCCAAAUCACCAGUCCCCGUUGUCAACCAUGUUCUCACGCCGAGCAAGACUCCCCAACAAAUGAUUGUAUCUCCAAGACCUUCUGCAAAAUCAACCAGGAUGUCAUUUAUGGACAAACUUCGACAUUCGAAAGGGCCCUCUACAACUAUCAUACCUAAACAUACAACGAACCCAACUUCCCUCCUCGCACCAAAUACGGCCCCAACAAAGGCCAAAGUAGCCUUUGUCAACCCCACGCCGGUUGAAAACGAAGAUCCUCAAACCCCAAAAAUUACCAAUUUGUGCUCAACAAUUGCAGGAUGCUCCUCAGAUCUUCCAACGUAUGGCUGUUUGAGGGGCGAAGCCCGACAAUAUAUUGUAGAACCUCUUUGCUGCGCAAACAAGGAACCUCAGAAAUAUGCCACACUCGACACUUUUCUGAGCAAGUUCUCUCCAAUCAGCCUCUCACGCCGGCAACGUUUCCAGAUAGCGCUUAUUCUCGCUUCCUCUCAUGUCCAACUUCAUCCGACACCAUGGCUCAAGUCGAAAUGGAGCAAACGGGACGUUCUCUUCCUAUAUGACCCAGAAGACCCCACCAAAAUCGGCUCUGAUCAACCUUACAUAUCUCGCUCUCUUUCCAAGUCCCUUCAACAACCUAGCAACAACACUGCAACAAGCGCCGAUAUCUACAGCUUUCAAGACAGUAUCCGAAAUCUUGGCAUCAUGCUCCUGGAACUUUGUUUCGGGACGGCGAUCGAGGAUCACAAGCUACGGCAAAAUAUCAACACCAACGACGAACAAAUUUUACAAUUAUUCAACUACACAGCUGCCAUUCAAUGGUCCCGAGAUGUUGUAGAAGAAGCUGGGCCGGAGUACGCUGAUGCAAUCACUUGGUGCCUCCACCAUACCCCGGAAAGCAGUGGUGUGGAAGGAAACGAUGAGAAGUGGAGAGAAGAUAUGUUCAUGAAAGUGGUAGAGCCGUUGAAGUACUGCCAUGACCAGUUGAUAACCAUAGGAGGGAGGAAUGUCGGCAUGAUGUAAGAGGAACGUGAAAUUUGUCAGCAGCUGAAUGAAGAUACCAAAAUGUAGUUCAGAAAACUCGAUUUAAGUGGUUUACAAUCACGUGCGAACUCCUGCAGUCUGCAACCUCCCGGUC